CUUCUCAUCCGAGAGGUGGAGACUCCCAGGUAACGAAACCCGAGAGGGCGUUGUCCUUGUUGGAGAUGGUCCUGAGGGUCAUUGACUCGCUGCCGAUCAAGUGAGUCGUCACAUGAGCCCAGGUGUGAAAACUGUUGGGUGAUUACUAUGACUGGGGCCAACAGGUGAAACCUCCGUGAGACACUGCCCCGCCCCACCAUCAUGUGUGGCUUAGUUCACACAGGCCGGCAGAUUUUCCACUCUGAUGACUGUGGAAUGAAAGAAACCCGACCUGCAGGUAACACAGAAGCAUUCAUGCGAUCUCACAGAGCUCCUCCCUCACCUGUCUCACCUGCCGUAAAACAGGAAACAGGUUGUUAUUCUAACUAAAGACCCAGAGACGGACAGACUGAGCUUCAGCCCAGCUGCUGCACAGAGACAGCUGCUGACGCUCCGCACCGAAGUGACAAUAAAAGCAUUCAUUCAGCAGCAGAGGAGGGAGGGGAACCAGGACUGACUGUACUUCCUGUCUGCUGCUUCCAGCCUCACUCGGAGACUCCAUGGCUUCCAGAUCAGAGGAGGAUCUGUGCUGUCCGGUCUGUCAUGACAUCUUCAGAGAUCCCGUUCUUCUGUCCUGCAGCCACAGCUUCUGUAGGGACUGUCUGAGGAGAUGGUGGAGAGAGAAGCCAACACACGAGUGUCCAAUGUGUCAGAAAAGAUCUUCGAGGGUGGAUCCACCGGUUAGUCUGGUGCUGAAGAACCUGUGUGAGUCGUUUGUAGAGAGGAGAGAUCAGAGAGCUUCAGAGGAUCUCUGCAGUCUGCACUCUGAGAAACUCAGUCUGGACAACAAGCAGACGAAGCACAGCGACCACACGUUCAAGCCCAUCGAUAAAGCUGCACAACAACACAAGAACGACCUUCAGGAAACUCUGGAAGCUUUAAAGCAGAAGUUAAAGGUCUGUGAAGAAGUCCAAAUGAAGUUUGAUCAAACAGCAGAACACAUUAAGGCCCAGGCCCGACGCACAGAGAGGAAGAUUAGGGAGCAGUUUAAGAAGCUUCACCAGUUUCUAGCAGAGGAAGAGGAGGCCAGGCUGACCGUGCUGUGGGAGGAAGAGGAGCAGAAGAGCUGGAUGAUGAAGGAGAAGAUGGAGGCUGUGAGCAGAGAGAUAGCAGCUCUUUCAGACACAGUCAGGGCCACAGAGGAGGAGCUGAGAGCUGAAGACGUCUCAUUCCUGCACAACUACAAGGCUGCGGUGGAAAGAGCCCAGCGCUGCCCCCUGCUGGAUGAUCCACAGCUGCCCUCGGGAGCUCUGAUAGACCAGGCCAAACACCUGGGCAACCUGACCUUCAGCAUCUGGAACAACAUGAAGUAUAUGGUCUCCUACACUCCUCUGAUUCUGGACCCAAACACUGCAAACCCAGAACUGACCCUGUCUGAGGAUCUGAGCAGCGUGAGGGUGGGUGGGCUGCAGCAGCUCCCUGAUAAUCCAGAGAGGUUUGAUCAUCUCUGCUUUGUGCUGAGCUCUCAGGGCUUUACCUCAGGGGCCCACAGCUGGGUUGUGGAGGUUGGAGACAGCGGACACUGGGGACUGGGCGUGUUAGCGGAGUCCGUCCGGAGGAAGGGACCCAUACGCUCUGGAUUUGGUGGAAUAGGAUUCAAUCAAGGUGAAUACUCAGCUCGCUCGGGAUCUGCUCCCCCCACCAUCCUCCAGCUGCAGAAGAAGCUCCAGAGGAUCCGAGUGGGUCUGGACUGGGACGGAGGACAGCUGUCGUUCUCUGACGCUGACACUGACACACACAUACACACCUUCACGCACACUUUCACCGAGAGGAUGUUUCCCUUCAUCAGCAUCGGGGAUAAACUCCCAGUGAAGACUCUGCCGGUUAAGCUGUCGGUGGAUCGGAGAUAUUAAACCAAACAGACACGUGAGCCCGUCUGAGCCCGGAGGGAGGACUGUGUGUGUGUCCCUGUUGGACAGGCUUGUUCUCAUAUGUAACUCAUGUUCCUGUGUAUAAAGGUGCGUGUGGAUCAGUAACUCGUCUGUCACUGUUCACCUGAACUAUCAGAGAUUGUCUUUCCUCUCAGCAGCAUCAGAUUCUGUCCACAGACUGUAAAUAAAAGAGCUCAGCUAAUGUGACACA